AUGACGCCGCCGAUGCUGGCGGUGACGCUGGCGGCGAUGAUGACGGCCGCCGGCGCCCAGAGCCCGGCGGAGCGCUUCACGGCGCGCCUGGCCAGUGGCGAGCUCCGACUGCCACCCCAGGCGUACCGCAUGACCGACCUCGGCGAGCACAACGGCACCCUGCCGGCCGACCUGGUGCUGGCCACCGAGACCGGUCUGCUGGAGCCCUCCUGUCGCCACCGGUGUCUGCACCGGCCCGACUGUCUGGGCACCGCGUACCGGCCCAGCGACCGGCUGUGCCUGCUGUCUGCGCGGCGACCGGCGCCAGAUAGACUGGAGCCGAACGAGGAGUCAUGGGUACUGGCGGCACGCCGCGGCAUCGUCUUCCUUGACGAGUCGUGCGAGCGAGACGAGGACUGUCGCCUGGUCGUGCCGUGGUCUGAGUGCCGAGCAGGCGUCUGCGUCUGCCGCCACGCCGUCUACCGGACGAUCGAGGACGAAUGCGUGCCGCGGGGUGAGAUGGUACCGGCGUCCGGCGGUCGGGCUGCCGACAGCGCCCUGAUGAACUCCUGGCCAGCCACAGACGCCGAGACCUGCCAAUUAAUGUGUACCGUGGAGCUGCACUGCCUGGCCGCCGAGCUGACCGCCGACAGCUGCAGUCUCUUCUCCCAGGGAAUCACCAAAUCGGCGGACAACAACAGCUCUCAGAGCUGGGCGAAGCUGCUGGAGGGACCGCCCGGUAUCCGUCCUGAGGAGCUGUUCCACUUCAACGGCACCUGGUUCAUCAACACCGUGACACCGCCGCUGGACUACCUGACGGCCUCUGGGUUCUGCGCCGAGCGCGGCGGAAUCGUCUGGCCGGGAGGCUCGGCGGACGCGGAGCGGGCGCUGGAGCGGGCCGGUCUGCUGCCACCGCCCCCCGACAACUUCUGGCUCGGACUGGACGACAUCACCUCUGAGGGCCAGUUUAUGCGCAGCGACGGCCGGCCAGCCACCGACAUACGAUGGAGCUCGAACCAACCCGACAACUUCCAAGACAACGAGAACUGCGUGGAGAGCUGGGAGAUCGGCAGCGCAUGGAACGACGUGGAGUGCGGCGCGCAGCGGCGGUUCGUCUGUCAGAGUCUGGGUAGGAACGUGUCGCUCGGCCGGCCGGCAUGGCUGACCUCCAGGAACGGCAACGACCCGGCGCUGGGCACGGACGGCCUGCUGCUCGAGCCUGUCCGCUCCAGGGCGCUGCAGCGCCGCCAGUCGUGGACGGUCGACCUCGGCAGGGAGCACCAGGUGGUCGGCUUCCUGUACGUGCCGCCGCCGGGUGGCGCCGACUCCCUGGGGGGCACCAUGGUGAGGGUGGGCUCUGACGCGCUCCGCACGGGCCCCGCGGUGUCCGCGCUGUGCCGUCAGCUCUCCGAGCCGCCGCUGCCCGUACCGAUGGGGCGCUACUAUGUACGCCUGCGAGUUCCCCGUCCAGGGACGAUUCGUUCACGUGGUCAGAAACCACGGAAAGCCGGUGAUUCUCUCCGAGCUGAUGGUUUUCGGACAUCCACUGUACUGACGCGCACCGGCGAGGGGCGGUCUACGAUUCAAGACAACACAAAGAAAUAAAAGCAUGAUAUAUACGAGAUAGAGGUCUGGUAAAAGAAACCUGUCCUUUUAAACACAACAAACGGAAAUGCAAUCCGUGUUGGGCAUUAUUGUCCUUGGUCUUUGGUAGCACUAACUAUGCAAGAGUUAAAACCGUUCAUUUCUCGGUUUGGGGUCAGGCUUGAAUAUGGAAGGCGGAAUAUAUGUCAUAUGUAAUUGACCACGGUGUCCUGUGCUUCAACGUUCGCUGUACCGCUCGGCAUCCUGAGCUAUGGACGACGUUUUUGUGCUGAUCAUAUUUGUUAAGUCUCGAGCACGUGUGCGGCCAAAUGAUAUAGCCUCAGCAGCUAACGUUAUAAGAUGAUGUGUCAAAGCAUUUCGGGUAAGGCCCAAAUAUUAUAGCUUUAAUUAA